GGCAGGCGGCGGAGGCGGCGGCGCAGUAGCGGCGGCGGCUACCCGAGGAAUGCGCUGAAGAUGGCGGCCUGCCGGAGAGCUCCCAAGAGCGGCUUGCUGGAACUGCGGGCGCCGGGCGAGCAGUGGCUGCGGGUGCUCAUCACCCUUUCCGACGACUUCUUGAGCGUCAGUCCCAGCGGCAAGGGCGCCGACGAGCCGCUGCAGCCGCCGCCCAGCCCCGUGCAGCUGAAUGGCGGCGAGCCGGGCGCCCCUGUCCCGGACUCCCUCGCCAACAUCAAGCGCACUGUGCGGAUCGUCAAGCAGGACGUCGGAGGGCUCGGCAUCAGUAUCAAAGGUGGCCGGGAAAACAAAAUGCCCAUUCUGAUUUCCAAGAUUUUUAAGGGGCUGGCUGCAGAUCAGACGGAGGCCCUGUUUGUAGGAGAUGCCAUCCUUUCCGUCAACGGUGGUGACCUCUCUGAUGCGACACAUGAUGAGGCAGUGCAAGCCCUGAAGAAGACUGGCAAGGAGGUGGUCUUGGAAGUAAAAUACAUGAAGGAGAUCUCUCCCUAUUUUAAGAAUUCCUCAUCUGGUGCAACUGUAAGCUGGGACUCUUCGCCAGCCUUUCAAAAGCAAGCUUCACCUGCCCUCUCCCUACGAGACCUCAAGGAAGGCAAGAACAUCCCCUUAAAAAUGUGCUACAUAUCCCGGAAAUGUCUCCCCAGCGAUCCAGAAAACAGAUACCUGGAAGUGUGCUCAGCAGAUGGACGGAUCCCCCUGUUCCUUCGAGCAAAAGAUGAAGUGUCUGCCCAGGCGUGGUUCAACGCCAUUCACAGCAACAUCAGUGCCCUGCUGCCAAGAGUCAAAGAGGAACUGAGGACCUCACAGUCUGGAGUCAGUGUUGCAGGAGGUAGAGAUAUCAAGCACGUUGGUUGGCUGACCGAACAGCUUCCCGGUGAUGGGACGAAGAAUAUCCUGGCCCUCCUCACUGAGAAGGAACUUCUCUUCUAUAGCAGCCUUCCGCAAAGCAGAGAGGCCCUGAAUAAGCCAACACACAGUUUCCCUCUCAUCGCUACCAGGCUUGUGCAUUCUGGCCCAUCCAAGGGUUCUCUCCUCUACGACUCAGAGCUCUCGUUUGCUUUGCGGACCGGAACCAAGAAAGGCGUGGAGACGCACCUCUUUAGCGUGGAGACGCACCGGGACCUGGCCACGUGGACAAGGGUGCUGGUGGAUGGUUGCCACAACGCCGCUGAGUGUGUCCAGGAAGUGUCAACAGCAUGCACAUGGAACGGGAGAGACUGCACGUUGUCCAUUCACAUCGAGAAGGGUUUCACCAUCUCCACCCUGGAGCCAGGCCUCACCAAAGUCAUUCUGCUGCAGCAGCCUUUUGAGAGGCUACAGAUGUCCUCAGAUGACGGGGCCAAGAUGCUUUUCUUGGACUUUGGCAGCUCAGAAGGAGAGAUUCAACUAGAUCUUCAUUCCUGCCCCAAAACCAUUGUCUUCAUCAUCCACUCAUUCCUCUCUGCCAAAGUGACCCGGCUGGGGUUGCUGGCGUAAGGACACAGGGCAGAAUCUGGAGAGAGGCAAGACUCCAUGUGAUCUAUGCACUCCGGCCAUGCCAGCAUGGCCAAAGCACAUUUUUAAGAACGCCAUUACAGACUGGAACAAGGACAACGGUUAUAAUGCAUCCACAGCCAAAGGAAGCCAGUAGACUUCCUGGACAACUGAUGGAAACUCACGGACAGGCAACGGCCUUGGCACGCAAGUCCCAGGAUGGACAGUCCAUGCAAUAAACAUUCUCCUGUAAAGUUGCCCAUCAUCAGCACAUGAUGUUCCUAGAAAAAGAUAGAAAGAAAAUCCAUCACAAGCUUGGAAGAUAUGAGACUGCUGAAGAUGUCAUACCAACCCAGUUCUGCCAUCACAUUAGUGCCUUGAAGAUGAUAUUUUAUAUAUAUAUAUAUUAAAAAAAACUUGUUUGUAUCAAGGUUUUAUAUUUAUAUAGCUCAGUUUAUGAACCAUAAAGGGAUCCUUACAGUGUUGUUUGCUCUGCAUUUGUCACAACCAUUUUACACUCAAGACUGCAAUGCUGUGCACAUCGGCGUGGGAGUAAGACCUAUUGAACGCAGUGGGACUUACUCCAGAGUAAACAUGCAUAGGGGUUGAGUUGAAAAUGUGGUAGAUUAAGCCAGAUCUCUUCAUUACCUGUAACACAUAUAAUCUGG